UGGAUUCUGGGAGAAUUCGGACAACAGCCAUUUUCGGGACGAGGCUGUCAUCCUGCAAACACAGUUUGCAAACUGUGAGACUUCGGCAGUCUUGCGUUUCUUUCACCGCGGCAGAACUUGUGGAGAUGGACAGGGAGGCAUCGGCUCUAGAAGCAAACGCGGUUCCGGUAUUUUGAGAAGUUUUUCUAACCAAGGCAGCGAGACAAGAACUGGUGGCCCGAGCUACAAGCCAUCUGCUAGCCAUGUUACGUUAGCUAGUUUCUUGUUGCAAUGUAUUGCUUUGAAUUUGCGCGUGUUGGCUAGCUAGCGAAUGGGUCUGUUUGAGAAAGCAGUGAUCUUAUAAAACGGGAUUGAGAUAAACCAGUGGCGUUGUGUGCAGGCAUUUUAUUAAGUCUGAAACUGAAAAGCACGAAUAACUUGACAUCAGUCUGCAUAUCACCGGUGGAGCGACCGAGGAGAGAGCGAUCAAAAAGAGUGCGUGAGCGCGGGCUAUGUCCACCAUGGUGUACCCACGCGAAGAGGCCCUGGAGCGACUGAGCCAGGACGAGAUCGUCCUCAACACCAAGGCGGUAAUGCAGGGCCUGGAGACGCUGCGUGGGGAGCACACCCAGCUGCUGGCCUCCCUGCUGGACUGCACCCAGCCACCCGCAGCCCAGGAGAAGUCGGGCCUGCUCCGCAAGAGCAUGGAGGCCAUCGAACUGGGACUGGGGGAGGCCCAGGUGAUAGUGGCCCUCUCCAGCCACCUGAGCGCCGUGGAGUCGGAGAAGCAGAAGCUGCGGGCGCAGGUGCGGCGCCUGUGCCAGGAGAACCAGUGGCUGCGGGACGAGCUGGCGGGCACGCAGCACAAGCUGCAGCGCAGCGAGCAGAGCGUGGCCCAGCUGGAGGAGGAGAAGAAGCACCUGGAGUUCAUGAACCAGAUCAGGAAGUUCGACGACGACGUGUCGCCCUCCGAGGAGAAGGCGGCCGGAGAGACGUCCAAGGACAGCCUGGAUGACCUGUUCCCCAACGACGACGACCAGGGACCUGCCCAGCCCAGCGGCGAGGUGGCGGCCCAGCAGGGGGGCUACGAGAUCCCGGCCCGCCUCAGGACCCUCCACAACCUGGUGAUCCAGUAUGCCUCCCAGGGCCGCUACGAGGUGGCCGUGCCCCUCUGCAAGCAGGCCCUGGAGGACCUGGAGAAGACCUCCGGGCACGACCACCCCGACGUGGCCACCAUGCUCAACAUCCUGGCCCUAGUCUACCGGGACCAGAACAAGUACAAGGAGGCGGCCCACCUGCUGAACGACGCGCUGGCCAUCAGGGAGAAGACCCUGGGCAGGGACCACCCCGCCGUGGCCGCCACGCUCAACAACCUGGCCGUGCUGUACGGGAAGAGGUCCAAGUACAAGGAGGCGGAGCCGCUCUGCAAGAGAGCCCUGGAGAUCAGGGAGAAGGUUCUGGGUAAGUACCACCCGGACGUGGCCAAGCAGCUGAACAACCUGGCCCUGCUGUGCCAGAACCAGGGCAAGUACGAGGAGGUGGAGUACUACUACCGCCGCGCCCUGGAGAUCUACGAGUCCAAGCUGGGCCCGGACGACCCCAACGUGGCCAAGACCAAGAACAACCUGGUGAGGGGGUACUUGGG